UGUGGCAGGUUUGGUUUCAAAAAUAAAAAGGCAAACCUAUUAUCUGUUAACACGGUUCGGGAUGGUUUUCAAUGUUUCCAUUCUAUGGUUACCUAUACUUACAAAAUUAAAGUGCACUACUUAGUUUGAUCGAUUUAAAAAACAAAAUGUGUUCCAUAUUAGUUACUGGUGCAAACAGAGGAAUAGGACUAGGAUUGGUGAAACAUUUAUUAUCAAAUCAAGCAUUUAAUGUGGAGAAUGUAUUUGCAACAUGUAGAGAUAUGGGAAAAGCUAAGGAAUUAAUGGAAUUGAAGAAGAAUCCACAACUACAUAUUCUGGAAGCAGAUCUAAUUGAUCAUGGAUCAUUCUUUAAUUUGGCUUCUCAAGUUUCAAAUAUUGUCAAAGAUAAAGGUCUUAAUGUUCUAAUUAACAAUGCUGGAAUAUCAUCAAAAUUUACUAGGAUUGGCUUAGUAAAAUCUGAAGAUUUAUUAAACCAUUUCAAAAUAAAUACUAUUGGUCCUAUAAUGUUAACACAGGCAUUAUUACCAUUAUUAAAAAUGGCAUCAGAUAAAAAUAAAUCUGCCACUGGAGUAAAUAAAGCUGUAAUUGUUAACAUAAGUUCAAUUUUAGGUUCAAUCACUAAAAAUGAUCAAGGUGGUUUUUAUCCAUAUAGAACAAGCAAGACUGCCAUAAAUGUUGCUACUAAGUCCUUAAGUGUUGAUCUUAAGAGUAACGGAAUAUUAGCUGUUAGCAUUCAUCCUGGAUGGGUUAAAACUGCUAUGGGUGGUGCAAACGCGCCUCUUGAAGUUGAACAGUCUAUUACAGGAAUUUGCAACUUCUUGAAGAACAUUGACCAAUCACACAAUGGCGGAUUUUAUGAUUUUGAAGGAAAAGUACUUCCUUGGUAAAAAUGAAUAUCAAUUACAAUUUUAAAAUGUUUAAAUUGUAUUAUUAGUAUUAAUCCAUAUGACUUAACACUUUGUUCAAAAACAUUUUUAGUUGAGCACAAGUAUAAAAUAUUUUUCAACUAAACAUUUGGAUCUUUUUAUAUGAUCCAUAAUUUGAUUUUUUUUUUCAGAAAAAUAUAUUUGUUAAUUGAAUUUGCUUUUAACUUUAGAAUAAAAACAUUUAAAGAAAUUA